AUGACUUACUACCCGUCCCCGACCGCUUCUUUCUCCAGCCUGGGAUCCCCGCUCACCCCGCCGGAAUUCGGCACUGACUCCAACACCAGCUUUGUCCCCACAGUCACAGCCAUCUCCACCUCACCAGACCUGCAGUGGUUGGUGCAACCUACACUUGUUUCAUCUGUGGCCCCAUCUCAGACCAGAGUUCACCCCUAUGGAGCAGCCCCAGCCUACAGCCGCAGCGGCGUGUUGAAAGGCUCCUCUGGAAGAGGACAGAGCCAGGGCAGGAGAGGAAAAGUUGAACAGCUUUCUCCCGAGGAAGAGGAGAAAAGGAGAAUUAGACGUGAAAGGAACAAGAUGGCGGCAGCUAAAUGCCGUAACCGUCGCAGAGAGCUGACUGACACCCUCCAAGCUGAAACUGAUGAGCUUGAGGAUGAGGAGAAGUCAGUUCUGCAGGCUGAGAUUGCAGCCCUUCUGAAGGAGAAGGAAAAGCUUGAGUUUAUCCUUGCUGCUCAUAAACCUGCCUGCAAGAUUCCACAUGACUUGGAUGGAACCUUCCAAGACUUGGCCUCAACCUUGGAUCUGACACCCUCCCUGACAUUGACCAGCUCUUCCAGCUCCCAGGAAGUCUUAGUGGAGCCUAUGUUUUCAGUCAGCCUCCCACAGUCUUCCAUCCCUGAGAAGGAAACCUCUCAGUUGCAGGUAUCCCUGGAACUUAAAUCUGAGCCUCUGGAUGACUUCCUGUUCGGCUCUCCUUCCACAGGAUCUUCUGACGCCGCUCGCUCUGUUCCCGAUGUGGAUUUGUCAAGCACGCUAUACACAUCUGAAUGGGAGCCUCUGUAUAACACCUUGUCUGUGGACAUGGAGCCUCUGUGUACCCCUGUUGUCACCUGCACCCCAACAUGUACCACCUACACCACACAUCUUUUGUCUUCACAUACCCAGAGUCUGAACCCUUCCCCAACUGCGGAACAGCCCAUAGGAGGGGGAGCAGCAGCAACGAGCAAUCCUCAGACUCUCUCAACUCACCAACUCUACUGGCCUUGUAAUGCCCAAGGUGAAGGUGACCUAGGACUGUAG